AAAUACAUGUAGAUGUUCGUAUCUCUCUCGACUCUUCUGUGGUGACGUCACCAGUCAGAGUUGGAUCUGGUGCGGUUGAAGAGCUGUUAUUAAAUCUGCUGUGAAGCCGCGAGGAAUGUGUGUGUGAUGAAGGGCAGCUGCGCGCGGGAUCCAGGUGUGUGUGUGUGCGUGUGCGUGCAGUGAGUGCAUUCAGACGCGCGUCACGUGCGGCGGAGCUCCGUCUGGCGCGGCGCGGGGGAGCGGCGGUCGCUCGCGGGAUGGACGCGUCGGCGCGGCGCUGAGCGGCUCCGGGAUGCGGCGGUGUGCGACUCUUCUGAUCAUCGCGCUGACGGCGGGCGUGAGCGCGGCGCUGCAGAUUCAGUGCUAUCAGUGUGAAGACGUCCGGCAGGAUGACUGCUCCUCGCCAGAGUUUAUCGUCAACUGCACCGUCAACGUGCAGGACAUGUGUCAGAAGGAAGUGCUGGUCAUGGAGGAUGGGAUUCACUACAGGAAGUCGUGUGCGUCAUCGGGGGCGUGUCUGAUCGCGUCGUCAGGCUAUCAGCAGUUCUGCACGGGGAAGCUGAACUCUGUCUGCAUCACCUGCUGCAACACGCCGCUCUGCAACGGCCCACGGCACAAGAGAAGAGCGGCGUCCAGCGCCUGCAGACCCUCCGUCAGCCGUUACGCCGGCCUGCUGCUCGGCCUCAUGCUGCUCUACCUCUGCUCGCACUGACGUGUGUGUGUGUGUGUGUGUGUGUGAGACUCACGACGGAGCGCAGCGUUAGAGAGCGUCUGCUGGCAGGAGUAGCUCUCACACAUUACAGCAUCUGUCUGUGUGCUACCUUUCACUCUCAUAUUAAUGAACCUGUGGGCAGGGCUUCCUCAUUUAAUCCCACCAAUCACAGCACACACACACACAGAGAUACAAACUCGCUCUCCACUGACAGCAGGACAAUCCUCUUCGUCAAACAUCGUCAGCUAGAAUUAUCACUAGACAUUACUCAACUAACUAUCAUUUAUAUCUUUACUUCUUAAUUACAUGAUAAAUGAUACACUGAAUUAUAUAUUAUUGUAAUAGAAUUACGUGUUGAUUGUGUUUUUCAUUAUACAUAGCCAUGUAUAGGCAUAAACCUUUACAACUGUGUUACUGAACAUUUUCAACCAAGGACAAAAGAUGCAGUUCACCAAACACACACUGGCAUUUAGGGGCAUGUUGUCACACUAUAUGGGGUAAAUUGUCACAGUGAGCACAAACUAUCCUGAAACAAAACAAAACAAAAACACCAAGCUCUUGUUUGGUCUAAUAGUAAUGUAUAAAUGAGGAGAUCUACUGAGCACGUUUAUCAGGUCUGACGGACAGGUGAGGAACUCUACAGUCCUGACUGAAACACCUGACAGUGUUCACACUUCCAGUAAACUCUUUCUUCACACAUGUAUGACUGUAAACCCUAUAUAUGUACGUCUACUCUCCGUGGUUAUUUUAGGAGUAUGUGAAUGAUGCGGUGCUUCAGCUCCUCUGACUGCAGCUCCGCUCACUCUAAACAUUCAUCAGCACACUUCACACACAAACCAAUCCUGUCAUUCCUAUAAUCCACAAGACGUUUCCUUCCUCUCGGUCGUGUCGGUGUUCAUCACGCACCUCUGGUUCUCCAGCAUCUUCUGCUCUUCAGUGACUGUGAUGUUGAGAUCGUCAUGAGGACGGAAACUCUUGAAUAUCUGAUCGCUGGAGAGGGCGUUUGUCUGAUGGGAAGGAUGCAUCGCUCUCAUGUAGCUUCUGAAUACAAAUAAGACCUUUGAUCUCUUAUAUUGGUGUGAAUGCAGAGGGUUUCUAAAGAUCCAGUCAGCGCUUUGGAAACAUCUGAUUGAACAUAUAUUUAAUCAAAUGUGUUAAAUUACAUGUGUGUGAGGGAUAAUAUAGAGUCAUUGUCUCAAAAUAAUGACUACUCAAAUAAAUAAAAUCAUGGACAACA